AUGGAUCUUAGUGGAAGAAAUACAAUUGAAAUUUGCUACAGUUUUUCAACACGUGAAUCAUUCGGCAUACAUGUUUUUUUUCUCAAUUAUCACCGGAUACUCCCGCUAGUAUCAAUAAUUAUUCAUUUAUUCAAAAUCCAGAUUGACGAAAAGCUUAUCUUUAUUCUCUUAGACUUUUUCCAAAUCAGAACACAUAUGUCACAUCAAGAAUUUCUUGGCAACAUCGAUCUGAGCGUCAGUGCAUCUUUACUAAAAAAUUAUCGAGCAGAAUCAACUCAAACCGAUGCGGAUAUUCGAUUUAGAACAAUUAAACACGACAAUGAUCUUGUGCUGAUUGAACUAGGACGUCUGCUGACUCCCAACGAAUGCAACGAAAUAGUACAUAACACUCGUCAUCAAACAUUCGAAUGUAUGCACAAUAAAUAUGAUAUUCGAAGGCGAAACAAUUCGCGAUUAAUUGUCAUGGACGAGCAGUUAGCCGAUAUGUUGUGGCAACGUUUGAAGUCCGAUGAAAAACUGCUUGAAUUUAGUAGAAAUAUGAAACCAUUAGGUUUUAAUGUUCAAGGCCAAUGGCAAUUGGAUGGAAUCAAUCCAGCAAUGAGAUUAAAUAAGUACAAAGAAAACGAACACUUCGCAGUUCAUAAAGAUGCACAAUAUGCGCCAAGUGGUGAUGAACGGUCUUUAUUCAGUUUCCUAAUUUAUCUCUCGGACGAGUAUGAUGAAGGUGAAACAAAAUUUUACUUUCCCAAACAAAAACCAUCGAUGGAUAUCAAGGGACUAACAAUCAGAGAAGAAAUUAAUGCGUUUGGUGGGUUAACAACUGGCUACGAAUGUAUCAGUGUGAAGCCGAAGAAAGGCUAUGCCAUUCUGUUUACACAUAAUCUAUUGCAUGAAGCGAUAGCACCGAAAACAGAAAAUGGCUUGGAAUUGAUGCAACGAAUAGUCCUUCGAAGUGAUAUACUAGUCAAACGAACAGGAAAACCUUUGGGAUUUGCAGUUUGCCCGGAAGAAGAAGAAGAUUACUUUGCUUGCUUGAAUUUCUUUCGCGAAGCACAGCAAAAUGAAUUGAAAGAUACGUAUGCACUUUAUGAAUCUGAACAAGCGACUUAUAGAGGAGAACUAUAUGAACGAUCGUUAUCAAUUCGAUAUUGCUAUCCACGUUUACUUGAAUCAAAAUUAACUUCAUCAAAUGUUAACAAAGAAUCCAUAAUAAAACGCCUCCCAGUUGAACUCUGGCUUCACAUUUUCCAAUUUAUGAAUGAAAACGAUGUUCAGUAUUUCACAUUUGCUUAUCCGGAAUUUCAAUUUUUGCAUAUGGUUUGGGAAGCUCAAAUGAAUGCAUUUGUGGCAGACAAUCCACUUCGAUCUAAAUAUCUUCCAAAUAUUCAUCAACAAUUCGGAUGCCAAACAUUAUUUCGUUUUCCCGACACAGAUUUCUUUUUGAAACACAUUCACGGAUGUUGCCGUGUGGCGGCUGUUUACGCAUUUUUCUUGUUAGGACAUAGCAAAGACGCAACGACAUACGUCGUUCGAUAUGAUAGAAAUACUGAUGAAGUAUGCGAACUAGAAAUGGAAAAAUUGCUUGAAGAUGUAUUUUACAACCGCAAUUGUUACGGUGCGUUGUACCGAGUAAAUCAAAUAGAUGAGAACAUCCGACAACCCAGAAAAGACUUGAACUCGAGCGUUGACCGAACGUAUAUGAGUAAUCGGCAUGAUUCCCAGUUUAUUGGUGAAGAUCUUCGUUCACGUUAUCAUCUACGAUUCGAACUGGCAGAACCAGCUGGACAGUAUGAACUGGAAGAAUUUUCUAGAGAUGUUGAUGAAUAUGAUGUUUUACAUGGUCAACGACGUAAUGCUGAACAAAUUUCAGAUUUGCGUAAUGAUUCGAAACAUCAAGAGCUACUUUCAAAAGACGGUUAUCAAGGCUUCUGUGAACAUUCAUGUAGUCAACUAGAAAAACAAUCCGGCACGAGUCUAUUCCGAAUGAUGGAAAGUAAGGAUCAGAUCAUCGAUCGUAGCGGCCCUUGCAUCGUAGAUCAUGACUCGGAAUCAAAGCAUGGUUCAAUACAAAUUUAUAAUCACUUGGUGUUCGAUUUUCAUACACAUCAGUUACAAGUCGAAAAAUUACCGACGGAAAGUUUUAAUAUUUUUACACAAUCAUAUUUACGUCGAAAUAUCAUAGCAUUGCAAAGUUUAGCUCCCGGUAAUAAUUCCAUCUCAUUCUAUCGAGUAAAUAUUGAAAAGCUAGCUGAGAAAACACAAGGUUUCAAUCAUGCAUCGUGUCAAUGCGUAUUUCCUAAAAUAAGAGUCAAUCAGUUCGCAUUUCUGGACUAUAUAUCUCUAUCUCAUGUGCAUCUAUCUGUUGUUCACAAUGAUAACGAAAUGUUCGUUUUAGCGACAUAUGGAGGUAUUGCAGCUUUCUAA